UCAGUUCGUAAAGUUCAAAAUCCUUGACAGUUUCAUCAUGGGUGGUGAUAUUUGCUGUGUAAAAGGAUGUAAAAAAACCACAGUGGUAUCUUAUUUCUGAAUACCAAAAGUUAAUGCACGUUGUACUUCUAAUAAAGAGAAACAACAAAGAAGAAGAGUGGCUUGGCUUAAGGUGCUGAAGUUGAAUUUAGAUUUGCCACCUAAUUUGAAGAUUUUAGUUUGUGGGAAGCAUUUCAUAAAUGGGAAACCUAGCAAUAAUGAAGACGAGACUCAUCCAGAUUGGUUACCCAGUAUUGAUGUUGGUGGACAAACUUCAACCAAAACAAGUAGUAGAUACAUACGGAGGCAAAAAAAAAGAUGGUAGCCGGUGAAAUAGGACCGAAAUGAAAUAGGACUGGAGAAAUAGGACUGAAAAUUUCCAGUCCUAUUUCUCUAGUAAAAAUUGGACUGGGAGAAUUAGGACUGAUUUUUAAAUACAUUUGAAACAGUCCUAUUUCUCCUUUGACCAGUCCUAUUUCUCCUUUGACCAGUCCUAUUUCUCCUUAAGGUUAGGCCUAUUUUUUUAUUCCUACUCUUUCAUAUUUCAGGACAAAAAGCCUCCAAACCGGUAGGCAAGAUGGGAGGGGAAUUGUUGAAGACAAGCGGGUUGGCUUAUAUCCUUCAGUCCUUGAAAAUUACCGUUGACAAAAUUUCAGCGCUUAAUUUACUUGCAGCUUAAGAACUCGUUAUGAUAAAAUUUUUUUUUUCAGUACUUUAACCGAAAUUUUUUACAAUAUAUAGUUCAUUUAUCAAAAAAUUAAUCAUUUCAUAAAUUUGAGUGCAAUUUUACUUUGGUUAUUAUUUAUUCUUCUUACGACUUGCAUCAUAGAGGGGCUACGAUGGGUGUGGUCCUCACCCUUCUAGGGAGGGGGAUGAUUCACCAAAGGGGCUGAGAUUCCAAGGUACGAAUAUUCCCCCGCAACCCCCUCUGUGUUGCAAGAUGUACGAAAAAUUUACAAUAGAAAAAGUUAAACAACAUUUAGAUUUAUUUAAUUUAAUUAUUUGUUAAAUGAACUGUAUUCAGUCAAAAAUGACGAUUAAUAUUCUGCAAUAAAAGUUAAAUAGGAUAAGGAAUUCUUAGCAUGCAAGCGAAGUAAGCGUUGCCAUUUUUUCAACGGUAAUUUUCAAGGGCGUAGGCAUAUAAAGCCAACGCUCUUCUACUACAAUUUCCCACCCCAUUUCGCCUACCGGUUUGGAGGCUCAUUGUCCCUUAAAGAUGUAAGAUAAAGGCAAGCGAAAUAGCCUUAUAUCCAAGGAGAAAUAGGACUGGUCAAAGGAGAAAUAGGACUGUUCAAAAUGUGUAUAAAAAGCAGUCCUAUUUCACCCAGUCCUAUUCCUAGAGGAGAAAUAGGACUGAAAAUUUCCAGUCCUAUUUCUCCAGUCCUAUUUCGUUUCGGUCCUAUUUCACCGCCAAUCAAAAAGAUUUCUUGAAAACUUGUAUUGGUGACAAAAUGACACCGGACUUAAUACAGGAACCAGACACAUCAACAAACAUUAAAGAAGAAUCUGUUGCUGAAGUUUUCAAUGUUGAGCCAGUUAAUUACACUACACUGAAUGACAUGGAACAAACUUUCAUUCCUGAAAUGAAAAAUGAUCCAUUCCAAAAAGAAAUAACAUCGCUUCAACACCAACUACAACAAAGUACAUUGGAAAGGGAUGCAGCCCUUAGAAAGGUAGAGAUGUUAAGUGCUUCAAUAGAAGAAUUAUUGGUAAAGAGACAACAAGCUGAAUUGACUGCAUUUGAUGCAUUAGAAAAACUGAAACUUAGUAAAUCUAUGUUACAUCAACUAAAUCAGGAUAAGGAAAUGAUUUUAUAUUACACAGGGUUAAGUAGUUUCGAUCUACUUUCUGAUAUUUUUUAUGCUUUACAUCCUGCUUUACAUCAUGAUCCCAGAUUCAAAAUUUCACUUAAAGAACAAUUCAUUUUAACUCUUAUGAAGCUUAGAUUAAAUUUGGGAAACAAAGACUUUGCUUACAGAUUUGACAUUCAUCGUACAACAGUAAAACGUUACAUUGAGAAAUUUAUAGAUGUAAUGUACGUUCGUCUUCCACCUGCUUUAUUGCUUUUGCCUGAUAGUAAGGCAUCUAAACUUACAAUGCCACUGUCUUUCAGAAAACAUUAUCCGAAUUGUAUCGCUAUACUAGACUGUUUUAAGAUUAACUGCGAGAUGCAUUCAAAUAUCAUUGAUAAGGCUUCAUGUUAUUCCAAAUAUAAGUCUCAUCAUACUGCAAAAUAUAUGGUGAGCAUGACCCCACAGGGAUCAAUUAACUUUUGUUCCAAAGGAUUCGUUGGCCGCAGCACAGAUGUAGAAAUUGUGAAACAAUCUGGAUUUGUCAAAUAUGUAAGAGAAGGAGAUCAAGUAAUGGCAAAUCAUGGAUUUUUGAUAGGUGAAGAAAUCGAGGCACUUGGCGCUACAUUAGUAACUCCUGCUUUUAAGGGACUUAGACCGCAGCUAGAAGGGUCUGAGACAGAAUUUUCGCGGAUCGUUUCUAAUGAGAGAAUACACAUUGAGAGAGGAAUAGGUAACUUAAGGAAAAAGUAUACAAUCCUUCGUGGUCCAAUAAAGAUUCCUGAAAUGAAUAUUGAUUUUAAUAGAAAUGCGUUCAUUGAUAAAAUUGUUGUUGUAUGCUAUUGCCUUAUGAACGCUAUGCCAUCGAUGAUACCGCCCUGGUGAUUCAUGAAAAAGUAAACGAUUUAAAUGUUUAUAUUUUUCAUUUCUCGGUUGCAUUUAAUUACAUGUAAUGAAUAACCAUAUCAAAUUACACAUUCUUUGCGCUGAGGACCUUACUUUUUCCACCCAAAGCUUUCUUAGUACUGGGGACGUUGUUCUUGCUAUUCAUUUUUACCUUUUUUAAAGCAUUUGUACACGUUUUACACAUCCAAUUGUUACUAAAUCGUUUUCUUGGUGGGACUAUACAACUUUUAUGGAAGGUAUAUAUCAGGCAGGAACUAUUACUACACGUAACAGUUUUAUCGCGUUUUUUGUCAUCUUGACAACAAAUAAGAUAACUUUGGUUUGCUCUUUGGUUUGCUAGCUCAACUUCCAUUUCUGUCACUGAUGGGACUUCAACGUUUAAAUCACUUAUGACUAGUUCAAUAAUAACGUUUUCUUUUAAACUUAGUUCACUUACAUUGUUUGAUUUAACGUAAUGCUCACAAAGUAAUUGCGAUAACAUAACUUGCCUAAUAUAUUUAUUUUUUUUUGAGAUUAUUUCGUCCGCAACCACUUUGUCAAAAGGAAUGCUGAUAACACAAAUGUCUUUUUC